AUGAACAGUUUAACCAUCCCUCAGCAAGAGUUAGGCGUUGCCACGGAUAUCGCUCCUUUUUAUGGAGAUCAGCCAGUGGAAGGCGUUUUUGGACUUGGUUGGCCAGCACUCGCAGUAGAAAAGGUUGUUCCACCUAUUCAAAACAUUCUUCCUGAACUCAACAACCCUAGGUUCACCGUGUGGUUAGACAAAAGAAAGCCCAGCAGAGGAGAGGACGACGACGGCAUGAUAACGUUUGGUGAUUUUGACUAUGUACAUUAUGUGCCAAACCACGGAAUCUAUGGAGAUGUGACUGAACUCAAUGCAUCUACUACUGGAAAGCCAAUAACCAGCUUGAACUGGGUUAAUUUUAAGAAUGAGUGCUCACCAAGGCUAUGUCUGGAGUUGCGUUCCAACGGGUAA